AUGACGGACGCGGGCCCCUACUGGGAUGCGGGCCUGGUGCGCGUGCACUACAACUACACAGGCAAGCUGGGCCGGCCGGCCUCCUCGCGGGGCCUCGGCGCGGCCGGGGCCCUGCUGCUCACCGUCUGCGGCCUCGUGGUCGCCGCCAACUCGCUGGUGCUGGCGUCGAUCGCGUCGCGCCGCCGCCUCCACACGCCGGCCUUUGCCCUCCUCGCCAACCUCGCCCUCUGCGACCUGCUCGCCGGCGCCACCUUCUGCGCCAACGUGCUCCUGUCGGGGGGCGCGACGCCCCGGGGCCUCACGCCGGCGCUGUGGUUCGUGCGCGAGGGCAGCGUCCUCGUGGCGCUGGCCGCCUCCGUCUUCACGCUGCUCGCCAUCGCGCUCGAGAGGCACGUGACCAUGGUGCGCCUCAGGCCCUCGUCCGCCCUGCCCGCGGCCUCUGGCGGCAAGGCCACCGGCAGGCCCGCGUCGCUCGUGGCCCCGGCCGCGUGCUGGACCCUGGCGCUGCUGCUCGGCGCGCUGCCCUCGAUGGGGUGGAACUGCCUGGGAGCGCUGCCCUCGUGCUCCGCCGUGCUGCCCCUGCACGCGCGCUCCUACCUGCUGUUCUGCGGCUCGCUGCUCACCGUGGCGCUCGUGGCCAUCGCGGGGCUGUACGCGCGCAUCUACUGCAGGGUGAGGGCCCGGCUGACGCGGCGCGCCACCAGGAGAGAGGUCCACCCCAGGUCAGGACUGGGAAGUGACGGACGAGGCGGCGGCGGCGGCGGCGGUGGACGAGGCGGUAUCGGAGGAACGGCAGCAGCGGCGGUGGCCGCGGCGGUGAGGGAGGUAGGCGGAGGGGGCGUGGAGCGCUGGCGGGGGAUGUUGAUGAGGGAGGGCAGCGCCCGCGCCUCCACCAGGAGCUGCGAUGCCGAGAGGUCCUCUGGGAGGCGCGCGGCGGCUCGCUGGGGCGCCGCCAACGGGCAGCAGCAGCAGCAGCGGCACCGACGCUCUUCGGGCCUGCGCUCGCUGUCCCUGCUGCGCACCGUCUCGGCGGUGCUGUGCGUCUUCACGGCGUGCUGGGCGCCGCUCUUCGUGCUCUUCGUGAUGGACGCGGCGUGCGGGAGCGCCCAGCGCUGCCCGCUGCUGCUCAAGGAGCGCUGGUUCCUGCUGCCGGCGCUGCUGCAGUCGGCGCUCAACCCCGCGGUGUGCGCCCUGGGCAGCCGCGAGCUGCGGCGGGCCCUGCUGCGGCUGCUCGAGGCGACGCCGCUGCUCGGCCGGCGCCGGCGGCAUCGCUGCUGGCGCCGGUGGCGGCGCUGCUGGCGGCGGCGCUGGUGGCGGCGGCGGUGCCGCUGCCGGGACGACGGCGGCGAGGACGAAGGCGGCGGAGGGGCCGGAGGCGCCGCGGCCGGCGGAGACGGCGUCGGCGGCAGCAGCGCCGGCGACGACGGGGGACGCGGGCCGAGGGGGCGGCAGUCCGGAGCCAUGUACAGCCGAUCGUACAGCGACUCGAUGAGCCCCAUGGGCGGCGCGGGAGCCAGCUCCCCCGCCGCCGGGCCGUGGCGGGGGAGCGCGAGCGUGGCGUGA